AACACCGGCCUUCUCCAGCCUUGAGAGAGGCUGCCCAACACUGACAUUCAUUCUUGCACUCGCUCCCUCCCUCGGUCGACAUCUAUGGAACAUCCACCUGGUUCACUGACCCACUCGCUCUACUUCUCGCAGGAUCACCGAUCUGGGUUCCCGAGUCCGCCUCUGAGCCCGAAUCGUCCCCUCCCUGCCGCCGCUCCGUCUUCACCCUCCAUCCUUGCAUUGGGCAUCAACUGUCUCUCCUAGGCGGUGUUCCCGGAGGGCCCGGGCAGAGGGACCCUCCCAAGCCCCGCCCCCGCCCGGGCAGUCGAGCCCACCUCCCCCGCCGGCGACUGCGCUCUGGGGCCCGCGCGCCCCGCCCCCACCGGAGACCAGCAAGGAGGCUGCACCGGGGGCUCGGGCUCUGACCCCAACCCCACCGUGUCCCCGCGCGCACCGCCACUGCGCGCCAGGCGUCCCAGCCCUUCCGCAGCGAGAGGUGCAGCCGGAGGCUGGGUUGUGGGCUCCAGGUGGGCUCUGGGAAGGAUGAAGCAGGCCCUGGUGGAUGAUACCGAGGAUGUGUCCUUGGACUUUGGCAACGAGGAGGAGCUGGCGUUUCGGAAAGCCAAGAUCAGGCACCCGGUGGCCACGUUUUUCCACCUGUUUUUCCGUGUGAGUGCCAUCGUCACCUACGUGGGCUGUGACUGGUUCAGCAAGAGCUUCGUGGGCUGUUUUGUGACUGUGCUUCUCCUCCUGUCCUUUGACUUCUGGUCUGUGAAGAAUGUAACCGGACGACUCAUGGUGGGUCUUCGCUGGUGGAACCAGAUUGAUGAAGACGGGAAAAGCCACUGGAUUUUUGAAGCCAGAAAGGUCUCUCCAGACAUGGUGGCUGCCACGGAGGCGGAAGCGCGGGUCUUCUGGCUCGGCCUCAUCAUCUGUCCCAUGAUUUGGAUCGUGUUCUUUUUUAGCUCCUUAUUUUCCUUGAAGCUCAAGUGGCUGGCCCUCGUGAUAGCUGGGAUCUCUCUCCAAGCCGCCAACCUGUAUGGCUACGUCCUGUGUAAGAUGGGAGGCGAGAGCGACAUCAGCAAAGUCACAGCCAGUUUUCUGUCCCAGACGGUGUUCCAGACGGCCUGUCCCAGCGACUUUCAGAAGCCUGGCCUCGAGGGGCUGGAGAUUCACAAGCAUUAGGCUUAUUUUCCGAGGCAGCAAAGGCACAAAGUGAGAUGUUCUGUGACAGGACAGCUUCCGACAGAGAAGAGAAUUCCAUGACCCAUGAGCUGCUGGGUUUUCACGAGAAGCAGGCCUCGGGGCAGAGGUUUGAGGAGCUGUUUUUAUUUUUCAAAUGGCGCAUCUGUAAAGAACGUCCUUUACAUACGUUCUAAAGGGAAGGUGUACAAAUGCUAGAUGAUUAAAGUGUCUCUGAAAAAGUGA